AGUAAAAGCCCGUCUGUGCCGGCAAUCAAAGAACAAUAGAAGAGUAACGAGAAGAUCCUUCCGAACCCAGAUUUCUCCUCCUCCUCCUCCUCCUGCCCUAAUCUCGAGCAUCUCCUCCGUCGUGGUUCGUCGGCGUCUGGCUUCUGCUCCGACUUCUCCGGAGGUUUCUGGGUUCAUCGCCGGAUUCUCGAAGCUCCAUCCUCUGUCCCGUUUCGGCUGGCCGUUUCGUUUGAACAUUUGCAAUGGCUUCAGAUGCCGAUAUGGAGGAUUAUGGAUUUGAAUACUCCGAUGAGGAACCGGAGGAACAGGACGUUGACAUUGAGAACCAGUACUACAACUCCAAAGGUCUUGUUGAGACUGACCCAGAAGCUGCACUUUCUGGCUUUGCUGAAGUUGUUCGGAUGGAACCGCAAAAGGCCGAAUGGGGUUUUAAAGCGCUAAAGCAGACUGUAAAGCUUUACUAUCGCCUGGGUAAAUACAAAGAAAUGAUGGAAGCAUAUAGAGAGAUGCUUACAUACAUCAAAUCGGCAGUGACCCGUAAUUACAGCGAGAAAUGUAUAAACAAUAUUAUGGAUUUUGUCUCUGGGUCUGCGAGCCAGAACUUUGGUCUGCUGCAAGAGUUUUAUCAAACCACUUUGAAAGCCCUUGAAGAGGCAAAGAAUGAGAGACUUUGGUUCAAAACAAAUCUUAAGCUCUGCAAGAUCUGGUUUGAUAUGGGUGAAUAUGGACGAAUGAGUAAGAUCCUGAAGGAGCUCCAUAAAUCUUGUCAAAAAGAAGAUGGCACAGAUGAUCAGAAGAAAGGAAGUCAGCUUCUUGAGGUUUACGCAAUUGAAAUUCAAAUGUACACUGAAACAAAGAACAACAAGAAGCUUAAGCAAUUGUACCAGAAAGCACUUGCCAUCAAAUCAGCUAUACCUCAUCCUAGGAUCAUGGGCAUAAUCCGUGAAUGUGGUGGAAAAAUGCACAUGGCAGAACGUCAGUGGGCAGAAGCAGCCACCGACUUCUUUGAGGCAUUUAAGAAUUAUGAUGAAGCUGGCAACCAGAGACGUAUACAAUGUCUGAAAUAUCUUGUUUUGGCUAACAUGCUGAUGGAAUCAGAAGUUAAUCCAUUUGACGGCCAGGAGGCAAAGCCUUACAAAAACGACCCUGAGAUUUUGGCAAUGACAAACUUGAUAGCGGCAUAUCAGCGAAACGAAAUACUUGAAUUCGAGAAAAUUCUUAAGAGUAAUAGAAGGACGAUAAUGGAUGAUCCCUUUAUCCGAAAUUACAUAGAGGAUUUGUUAAAGAACGUUAGGACACAAGUGCUUCUCAAGCUCAUCAAACCCUAUACGAGGAUAAGGAUUCCUUUCAUUUCAAAGGAACUCAACGUUCCAGAGAAGGAUGUUGAGCAGUUGCUGGUCUCACUGAUACUGGACAAUCGAAUCGAUGGACACAUUGAUCAAGUGAACCGCCUUUUGGAGCGUGGUGACAGGUCAAAGGGCAUGAAGAAGUAUACAGCCAUAGACAAAUGGAACACACAGCUCAAGUCUCUAUCUCAAAGUAUCAGCAACCGGGUGUGUUAGGAGCUUCUCUCUCUCUCUCUCUCUCUCUCUCUCUCUGAGCAUGGAAGGUUAUUUCCUGACUUGGCCCUUAUCCCAUAUCUUGACGACGCUUUCCUAGAAUAAGAACAGAGAAAGCUAUUCCUUGGAUCUUCUCUCUUGAGGCGGGUACCCAUCGGUCGUGUUUUUCCCUUGUGGUUUUUGGUUGAGUGGUUUGGGGAAUCCGUACCACAAAAUGAUGUCUUUUACAUGACAGUGAGUUUUAAGUUUCGUUACAAGUAACGUGUCCUGCAUGAGACAUGACGUUAGUUUUCUUA